AAUGUCUUCGCGAUGCCAUCUGCAACCGAUGAACGAAAGCCCAGCGCCGACAGGCGGCCGUCGCGGCGUGUCCUACGCAAGGACAUCGAUCAAAACUGGGGCAUCGCGGCUGCCGCAGCCAUCGCAUCUUUUUUCAACAUGGCGACGCAGAUAAACUCAGGCUUCUACUUCGUUGCCAUCAUGGACACAUUCGCCACCGACUACACUUCCGCCUCCUGGCCAGGAAGCGUGUUCACCAUAAUGACAUACUCGGGAAGUUGCUUCGUGGUGCUCCUUCAAAAGUUCCUCACCGUUCACCACAUAGCUCUGUUCGGCAGUGUUUUGCUCUGGACACCGCUGAUCGGCGCAGCAUUCUCUCCCAACGUCACCUGCAUGACUGCCACCCUCGGCGCACUGCAUGGUGCCGGUGCAGGGAUCGUGCUCGUGAGUCUCAUGGUAAUACUGGGCACGCAUUUUGACAAGUACCUCGGUGCAGCCAGUGGUAUCCGGGACGCCGGAACGACGCUGUGCGCCUUCGCGUUUCCCUCGCUCCUCUCCUAUCUGAGUGAACACUACGGCCUUCGUGGAACCCUGUUUAUUUACAGCGCUUUGUCCAUGCACGUAAUGGCCGUGACGUUUUGGCUUUGGAUGCGAGCUGGAGUGGAAAAAAAGAAUGAGGCUUAUCGUAGGGCAUCGUGCAAGACCACUGCUUUUCAUUCUAACGCAUCCAACUGGACUAUUGGUGCACAUCGAGGAGACUCCAUCCCUUGCAUCAGUGACAAACCUAACAACAACGGUGUUCCACCUCAAAAGGUCGGUUUCGGGCAAGUACUUCACCAGUCCUUCACACUGCCGCCGAAGACUCCUGAAGAAAUGGAUGACGAGGAGGUACCAAUGUCUUUCCUUGAAAAGUUUUCCAUCCUGAAGAUGCCGAGUUUCUACGUAGUGGCCAUCGGUGCUGUGGUGGAGAUCUACGGCUACAACGUAUUCCUAGAGACAAUCGACAGCUACGCAACUGACAAGGGCGCCCCGCAGUCGGAAGCCGACAUGGCAGUUACGUACGCGACUAUUCUGGAAGUCAUUGGCUACGUCGCAGUACCCCUCAUCGCCGACAUGGGCUUCGUCGGUCGCCCAGCAUUGGCAGCCAUGUGCUUUGGUGCAAUGGGGCUAUUGUACGGUGCGGUGCCACACGCCCCGUGGUCAGUGCCGUACUUGUCCGUUGGCGCCAUCCUCGUGAUGUUCGUAGCCACGACGAGCUCGCUACGCUGCUCAAUAAUGACGGAAUUCUUCGGUGCUCAGCAAGUUCCCGUGUGCAUGGCAGCGUCUGGCUUGUUGCUUAUUCCUGUGCAACUGUGCAGCCCAUCAAUCAUCGGAUUCUUUCGUGACGACCUCGGCUCGUACGAUGGCAUGUACAGGCUUCUAGGAGCAUCCAACCUCCUGGCUGCCGUGCUGUACACACCGCUAGCCAUACUCACGUCUUGCAAGAAGGACACGGCUGACAACAAGGCGUCCGAAAAGGAAACCGAGACGACGAGAAUGUAGCGCAUACUGCUCGAACAAUGCAAAGCGAGACACUUUACGUGACAGCUACGAAGGAACCGCUUUCAACGCUGAUGUUCUCUCAACAAACGUCGUAGUUUUGUCCCAAAUGCGAAGCACACACAACGAAAGCCGCGUUAUGCAGAAGGGUCACUCCAUGCCAACUGCCCCUGACAUUGUCCUCAGCCAUUGCAGACCUUGCUGAGGAAAUUUGUGCCUUUAUGCGGCACCACAUUGAGCAUCCUCAUA